GCCAUCUUGAAUGAAAUUUCAUGAUGGCAUAAAGUGUCUUUCUAUUUUCCAAAUAAAAAGUGAAUGAAAUUAAAAUAAACGGGUUAUAAUAUAAAACGAAUGAUUUAAAAAUUGCAUAUUUAUUAACACAUAUUUUUUUUCCUAUUCUAAUUGGAAAGCACUUUGAACUUUUAAAAGAUCAGCAAUAAAACAAAUCAGCUGUUAUCCGUCAAUCGAUGUCAACAAAAUUACAUAAUUUUGUUUAGAAAAACAGUGCAGUCUCCGUUUUUUGAGUGUCAUUUUGAAAUUGGCAAUAUGUGCAAACAUCCAAAAGUUUUUGUGGACAAAUUCGUAUAGUAUAUGUGCGCCCUACGACUUGCAAACAUUAGCGACUUUUUGUAUGAUGUAGUCCAAUAAAUUUUUGUUAGUCAUGGCUCAAAACACUUUGAUUGAGUGUGGUGGAUUUUAUUUUAUACAUAAUUUUGAUUCUGGAAAUCUUGGACACGUCGAAAGAGUUCCCACAGAGUUAAUUGCUCCAAGUAUAAACUCCAAGAACAAUGUAUCGGAGACACCGGACUAUGAGUUUAACUUGUGGACGCGGCCUGAUUGUGCGGGCACAGAGUUUGAGAAUGGCAACCGCACUUGGUUCUACUUUGGUGUGCAAGCUAGUGAGAGUAAUGUUUUGGUGCGACUUAACUUGAUCAACCUUAACAAGCAAGGCAAGAUGUACAAUCAGGGCAUGGCACCGGUGACGCGGACCUUACCGGGGAAGCCGCAGUGGGAAAGGAUAAGAGAUCGACCCAUUCACUCGACGGACGACAACACCUUCACCCUAAGCUUCAAAUACCGCACGGCAGAGAACCAGAAAGCGACCACGUUCUUCGCGUUCACGUACCCCUUCUCUUUCGCCGAGCUCCAAAUCGCUUUGAACUCCAUUGAUUUGAAGAUGCUACCAUUGCCGGCGCCGGUGACCCCAGACGACAUAUACUACUGUAGGGAGUGCCUCAUUUAUUCCCUUGAAGGCAGGCGAGUGGAUCUGCUCACGAUAAGUUCCCAUCAUGGCAUUACGAACGAACGAGAGGAUAGGCUCAAAAACCUAUUCCCAGACAACCAAGAGAGGCCAUUCAAGUUCCAAAACAAAAAGGUGAUUUUCAUAUCGGCCCGCGUGCACCCCGGGGAAACACCGUCGAGUUUCGUCUUCAACGGGUUCCUCAACCUCCUACUAACGAGACACGAUCCGAUAGCGAUACAACUGCGCAAACAUUACGUGUUCAAAAUGAUCCCGUUUCUAAACCCGGACGGGGUCGCUCGCGGUCACUACCGCACGGACACGAGGGGGGUUAACUUGAACCGCGUGUAUCUUAACCCAUCGCUGACGUAUCAUCCUACGGUGUACGCGUCCAGGGCUUUGAUCAGGUACUACCAUUAUGGUUGUGAAAAAGAAGAUAACUGCGAGGACAGCAAGAGUUUUAUUUCGCGAAGUAUUCAAAACAUCAACGAGAGCUCGGAGAUAAUAGAAAACAAAAAGAAAAAGAACCCGAGUGCACUAAAAGCGAACGUCAAGGAGAAGGCCGGCAAGACUCCCGCCACUAAAUCCACCACCACCAUCAAACAGCCUUCUAACGACUCCAACAAGAAGGAGAGCAAGUCUUCUGGCGGAGAGACUUCCCAGUUAGUUGAACAGGUAUACGACAUGAAGCUCCAAGAGAUGCCGUCGCAGACCAGCAACGACACUUCCUCCAAAUCGAACGGUCCCGAGCCAUCUCUCCUCAACGACUCGGUUCUCCGUACAUGCCUCGGCUCAGACGUCCAUGUCAGCACCAGCGAGGAAUUGAUACUGCAAGGGAGCAAUCCCUUGAGGCCGCUAAGGGAUACUCUGAAAAACAGUAUAAGCUUGUUGAUGGAGACCAAUUCUUCUAUAGCCGGGGACAGCCAAUCGGUGCUAGCGAAGCAGUCCCGAGUAUCGAACGUGCGCAUCGGCUGGUGUCGGUCAUGUCGCGCGGCGGUCAGCAAGCUGGAGGACACCAUGCCCGGCAUCACCAGCCUGGUGCCCGGCUACAGCCAGGCGGGCCGCGAGGUGUCCCCCACCUACCACACCAGCAUUGAAGAAUACAGAGAGCACCAGAAACAGCAGUUAGACGAGCGGGAACGCUAUAUGCAAGAACAUGCAUCGAUGGAGAAAGGCGACGUCGUGUAUUUCUGCACAAAUUGCUUCAAGAAAUAUUAUCUGAGUGAACAGGAUGAAGAAAUUAAAGUAACAGAACCCACAAUAUCGACUAACAGCGUUGCCAUAUCCGCUACGUCGGAGCGAACAGUGGAACGCGUCGACCCCGACUGCACCGGGGAUGCGCAGGCGCCGGCCAGCGUUAGUUCGCGCACCGUACAGCAACCCGCCAAAGAUGAGAAACCUAACCCCGCGCCCCGGCCCAAGAAGAAACAGGCCUCCCCUCCGCCGCAGAAGAAAGAAAACCACAAGGAAUAUAAGGAACCAGAGUCUGGACUAUAUCUCUACAUUGAUCUACACGGACACGCCUCCAAGAAAGGCAUCUUCAUGUACGGCAACCACUUCGACGACCUGGAGAGUUCCGUCGAGUGCAUGUUGCUGCCUCGCAUCAUGUCUCUCAACAACCUGCACUUCCACUUCUCCUCGUGCAAUUUCACCGAGAGGAAUAUGUACCUCAAAGAUCGGCGCGACGGCAUGUCCCGCGAGGGCUCGGGCCGCGUGGCCGUGCUGAAGGCCACGGGGCUGGUGCGCUCGUACACGCUGGAGUGCAACUACAACACGGGCCGCCUCGUCAACGUGCUGCCGCCCGGCGUGCGCGACUGCCCCGCGCCGCCCGCCGCGCCCGCGCAGCCGCCGCCCAAGUACACGCCGCACAUCUUCGAAGAGGUGGGCCGUUCCCUCGGCGCAUCGAUCCUGGACCUGACGGGACAGCAUCCCAACUCGCGCAUCCCGUGCUCCGAGCACCGCAACCUGUCCGCCGUGCGCGAGUGGCUCAGAGCUCACACACGCACCAUGCGACCUGCUCAGCUCGCUAUGUCCCGACUACGACCCAAAACGGCGUCUCCUACGCGUGUGCCGUUAUAUGCUCGUUCCAAAGCAAAGGUGACGGACGAACGCAAAGAAAACACAUACGCCGGCGCCAAAACAGACGCCGAGCGGAAACGAUCUCCCUCGCGUCUUACACAGCGCGCUUCAGGGCAGGACAUCAUGAACAUGAAGUUCGGCCGCAAGGAGCCCGUCAAGUCCAGCUCGCGCACACGCUACCUUACAGAGAACGAACCCAAACCCAAAACCUUAACCUCCAAGAGACGCAGCAUUCUGGCCAUCAGGAAACCCAACUCCAGCAAGACUCAAGUUGGCGGAGUCGUCAAAGCGAAAGUCAUGAGUAGAAGAUCAGCUGAUGACACGGAAAGCCCGCGCACGUCGCUCAUUUCCGCUAAGAUUAGCAAACGCAGCUUCGCAAGAUCGGUCCGUGGGGCGGUUCGGUCCAGUAACCGCUGCAGAGCGAUGGCGUCGUCCUCGUCGGACGACAUGGUGGGCGGGAACUGGGAGGACGUCGCCGGCGGCACCGUGCUGGGGUCGCCGAGCGGCGCGCCGCACCCGGAGCCGCUGUCGCUGGCCGGCAAGAGGCGGCCGUUCCCCAACGCGGCGCCCUCGCACCUCAAGAAGAUCCGCCUCAAGACCGGCUUGUAGCGGCCGCGCGCGCCCCGCCCUCGCGCGACGCUAGCGACAUCUCUGUACGCUGAUGGUAAACUUAUAACUCUAUCCACAUUCUUACUUUGAAUAACAGUUGUUCAUAAUACAGGAUAGAAGUCGCAUGUGACGAUUUUCUAAUUUAUUUAUAGUUUUGCUCAGCGCAAGUAUUUUAUUAAACGUUAACUAUAAACGGCAUUUUUGACUUGAAAUAAAUACAAAGUCAGCAUGCCGACUCUGACAUACAAAGAACGUCAUUAGGAUUCUGAAUUGGUAGUUUUAUCCCGUCAGUAUUCUUCAUAAAAAUACAUACUACUACUUAAAAAUCAUAUCUUUUAGACGGAGCAUAAAAAAAAUUAUAAAAUUAUUAUAAAAUUCGGAAGUAGACAGGAGUUUAUCGUUGGCAGCGUGUCGGGCGAGGGCUAGCUUAUUACCCGCGAAAGGUUACCUAUAAAUAUUUCGUAUAGUCAACUCUUUAUGUAUGUUUAUAUUAUAAAUACGUAUUGAGACUUUUUCGGAGAAACUUACGGGAGGAGACGGGGCAAAUGUAUUUUAAAGGCAUCUUCGUUUUUCUUGAUGGUAUGUAUCAUCAAGAUAUGUUGUUUUGCAAUAUCGUAAAAUUUUAGAAAAAGUAAGUGUGUUUUUGCUCCACCUACUUUAUUCGUCAAAUUGUGACCCUGUUUGUGAUUUCCUAGACGUUUCGAAAUUUAUUUUCUAUGUUAUGUUACUGUUGCAAUAGCGGUCGUAGAAUAGUUCGAAUGGGAUAGUUCGCCACGUGGUUUAUUCUUGUUACAAAGUAAAAUUAUGAGUGCUAAUGUAAUUUUUAACGUAGGUUAUUUUUGUUACUUUGUAAUCUCGGUGUCGGGUGUUGCAGGUUUUUGCAGCACUACGUAUGUGCUUGCCAUUCGUGAUAAAUAAUUAUUUUUUUCGUAGGUUACAUUUAUUAUACACAUAGUGGCACUGGGCGUAGUUAUACAAUAUACAUAGAGUAAUGUGUUUGUCUUUGUCGUUUGAUAAUUUGUGAUCUUCCCGACUGAAAAAUUAUUGUGUUCGCAAACAUAAUUUUAUUCAUGAAAUUUCUUACACCGAUAUUUUUUAUUGUUUUUCUUUUUUAUUUUAAAUGAAAAAAGUUUUCAUAUAAAAAUACAGAAAGUAACUUUACAAUGGUUAAAAAGACGAAACAUAGUAAAUUUAAAAAUUUAAAUUAUUGUAAAGUGUAAUCGAAGUAGUAUAGGAGCUCCUGGAGCGACAUUUUCAAAAUAUAUGAUCUCAAUGUGAAAUUUAUAAAGAAACUUUUUUAAAACCGUCAUUAUAACUCUGUACCUAUACUGUAACCUGUUCGUAUUUCUUAAACAACCAGAAAUUUAAAGAAAAAAAAUUAAAUGGGUUAUAAUAGGAACAAAGUCUGUGUGAUAAACAUAGCUAUUAUAUUGAUGGACUUGUAGAAUAUUAUUCACAAAAAUAGUAUAAGAAUUAGGAGUAACUCCAACAAUCAACACCCAUAGUGCAAUAAAUUAACAGUAAUAAUAUUGUAUAUGUGUUUGUAACUGGAUUUUUAUAAAAUUUUAUGUAAACGCAAACUUUUGUUAUUCGUAAUAUCAUAGUUUUACACCCUUUAAAAAUUAUAUGUAACAUAAAAAUAAGAAAGGGUUUAUUGUAGCAAAAAAAACUGUACGUUAUUUCUAAAAUAGUAACUAUUUAUUUGUCUGAAAUAAUAUAUUGAUUGAUGAAAAUAAAAAUAAACUAUGUUCU